GACCCGCCCCCGCUUUGCACUGAUCCGGCCAGUGCUUCGUUUAAAGGCCCACUGCGCGUCCCCAGACUCUGCUUUUGGGGUCCUUGCCUCUCCUGCAUUCCCCCCGCCACCCGUCUUCCCAGAAGCCCACCUUGGGAAAGAAUGAGGAGAGGGGGUGCCGCGGAAUGGAACCUGGAAUGGAGGUCCCUGGCACACACAAGACAGCACCGUCAUGAGCUUCGUGGCUUACGAGGAGCUGAUUAAAGAGGGUGACACAGCCAUCCUGUCACUGGGCCAUGGCGCCAUGGUGGCAGUACGCGUGCAGCGUGGGGCGCAGACCCAAACCCGGCAUGGCGUCCUGCGGCACUCCGUAGACCUCAUCGGCCGCCCCUUCGGCUCCAAGGUGACGUGUGGCCGAGGCGGCUGGGUUUACGUGCUGCACCCCACCCCCGAGCUCUGGACGCUGAACCUGCCACACCGCACCCAGAUCCUCUACUCCACUGACAUUGCCCUGCUCACCAUGAUGCUGGAGCUUCGGCCUGGCUCUGUGGUCUGUGAAUCCGGCACUGGCAGCGGCUCUGUGUCCCAUGCCAUCAUCCGCACCAUCGCGCCCACGGGCCACCUACACACGGUGGAGUUUCACCAGCAGCGGGCGGAGAAGGCGCGGGACGAGUUCCAGGAGCACCGUGUGGGCCGCUGGGUGACCGUGCACAACCAGGACGUGUGCCGGAGCGGCUUCGGCGUGAGCCACGUGGCAGAUGCUGUCUUCCUGGACAUCCCGUCCCCUUGGGAGGCCGUGGGCCACGCCUGGGACGCCCUGAAGGUCGAAGGUGCAUCAGGUUCCUGGGAGGAGGGGCCCAGCUCUGGGUGGUCUGAAGCCCAGAGAAGCCAGAAAUCGCCAGGCCACACAGUGGCCAGGACCCCUAGUGGCCCAAGGCAGGGGUGGGCGCUUCUGCUCCUUCUCGCCGUGCAUCGAGCAGGUGCAGCGCACCUGCCAGGCGCUGGCAGCCAGAGGCUUCUCGGAGCUGAGCACCCUGGAGGCGCUGCCGCGAGUGUACAACGUGCGGACGGUCAGCCUGCCCACGCCGGACCUGGGAGCCAGCCCCGGCCCCGACGCCAGCCCCUUCCGCAGCGGCACACCCAUGAAGGAGGCUGUGGGCCACACUGGCUACCUGACCUUCGCCACCAAGACCCCGGGCUAGCGGGCUGCCCUCCAGGAGCUUCAGGGAGCUGGGGCCCCAUGAGCCCAAGGAGGAAGGCGCAGCCCACUGCAGGCCACCUUAUAUGGGCGGUGGAUGCCUGCCGGGCCUGUGUUUAGACAGAUGGUGGGGUGGGGCAAGGGGGCCUCCUGGGUGGCCAGCAUGGGGACGGCCAGCCUCAGUCUCAGAUCCCCUGAGGAAGGAGACCCC